GAGCUGCGCCUCGCGAAUUGGAAUUGCAAGAGGAGCUGGCAGAGGUAGCUGCAGCCAAGGAAGCAGCAGAAGCUGGCAAAGAAAAGGAGCCAGAACUCCUGAAGGCAGUGAAGCUUGAGCCUGCAGACGAAGAUUGGGUUGAAGAGGAAUAUGGAGAGGAGCUCCAGGAGGCCAUGCUGCCCCCUCCACAAGUGGAGGGGGACCAGGACGAGGACGAGGACGAGGACGAGGUCGAGGACGACGACGAGGACGACGACGAGGACGAGGACGACGACGAGGACGACGACGAGGACGAGGAGGACGAGGACGAGGAGGACGACGAGGACGACGACGAGGACGACGACGAGGACGACGACGAGGACGAGGAGGACGACGAGGAGGACGACGAGGAGGACGACGAGGACGACGAGGACGACGACGACGACGAGGACGACGACGAGGACGACGACGAGGACGACGACGACGACGACGACGACGAUCGAGGAGCUGCGCCUCGCGAAUUGGAAUUGCAAGAGGAGCUGGCAGAGGUAGCUGCAGCCAAUGAAACGGCAGAAGCUGCCAAAGCUGCCAAAGAAAAGGAGCCAGAACUCCUGAAUGUGAAGCUUGAGCCUGCAGACGAAGAGGAGAUUGAAGAGGUGAAAGAAUUGUCCUCACUGAGGCUGUGCAAUCUUUGCAACACACGCAAUUACCUCAGGCAGGGUCUGUGCUGCAACAUGUACUGCCAAGCAUUCUACAUGCUUGACCCACACGCUGGGGAAAAAUUGACUGCCAGAGGCAAGUAUGAGUAUGGGGCAAAGUGGCCCCCACAUGACUGGCAGAAGUACGCUCAGCCUCGCAGCGAGUGCAGCCAGCUUGCCCAAGCAUUUCAAGACGGCAUCCAGGAGUAUGCACAGGAGCUGGAGGAGGCCAUGCUGCCCCCUCCACAAGUGGAGGAGGCAGCCCCCUUCAUUGAUGCACCUGUCAUCAUAGAAGAUCUAGAGAGUGGAGAGAAGGUGGAACAUGCACCAUCUGUGCCUCCCAUGGACACAAUGCCAGAUGAGUACAAGCAGGCUAUCAUGGAGAGCUCCAAGAAGAAGAAAUCGAAGGGAGUCAAACGAGUACUUUCCCUGCAUGCUGCAAUCCAGAAGAAAAAGCAAAAGGGCACUUGGGUGGGGCCAGAUAUUCCAAUGGCUGGCCGGACCAAUGACCAACAGAGCUGGAUGAAUGAAAGGGUUCAGAAGGCAAUUGCAAGUGCUCCCUGGCACAGGAAGUGA